AUGGAUUUUAGUAAUUUGCACUGCUUUGUCGGCAAGGGUAUGAUUUCUACUGCCUCCUCUGCUACCAUCAAUACAAAUACUAGUGAACAAGAUUGUAAAAUUGGUCAACAGCAAUAUCAGCAACAACAGUUGUUCCGUCAAAAUACUCCUUAUAAUUUUAGUUCCUGGGAUUGGAAUGCUGUGAAUAUCAUUAAUAAUACUAAUAAUAAUAAUAAUAAUGUUAACGGGACUCAACAACCAAUUUGCAAACCUUUAUUUCCUGAAAACGACGUCAUGAAGAUGAUCAAUUUUAUAAAACAGGAAAAUUAUGCUCCUACAAUGAUUAAUCCAGCCAGCUUCAGUCAUGAAAAUAAUAAUAAACAAAGGUUUGUACGGGAAACUCAACCAUCAUUGGAUAAAUUAAUUGAAAUGGGUUAUCCGAAUCAGCAUUGCCCUUAUCCUUUAGAUCAUUUGCAUUCACAAUUUCAAUUCAAUCAAACUAGAUGCUCAUCAACUACAACACGAUAUAAAGAACCAACUGUCCGUAAUGAAGAAAAUCCUGUUUAUUCUGAAACUGAUAAUAAAUCAAGCAUUCAGGAGGAUCCAUCAUCAAUGGAUAAGAACAGCAAUUGUAAGAGCGAAAAGUUCGCAUGUGAACAUUGUGAAAAGAAAUUCAAGACAAAGUCUUAUUUGAAUGAACAUGUGAAAGUUAUUCAUGAAGGCAUUUUAAUUCAAUGCGAUGAAUGUGGCGAUGGAUUCAAGUCUACUAGUUCACUUAAAAAUCAUAUAAAUUUAGUGCACAAAGGCUUGGGAUUUCAAUGUCAUUAUUGUAAUAAAGUGUUUACACAAAGGCAUACCUUAAUAAUACAUGAAGAAUGUGUUCAUAAAGGUAUCAAAAUAUCAUGUAAUCAUUGUAGCAAAAAAUUUGCUUCUCGAUGGUAUUUAAAAGAACACAUCACAAUUGUCCAUGAGGGUAACUUACUAAAAUGUGAACUUUGUGGUCGGUCAUUCAAUUCACAUUGUGCAUUACGUUAUCAUUCUAAUAUUGUUCAUAAAGAUCAUAAAUUCCAAUGUCCACAUUGUCCCAAGACUUUUCGUUUGAAAAAAUAUUUAGAAGGCCAUGUAAAACGAGUUCAUGCUAAUCUGGGUAAAGGAAAUACGCAAACAGUUUAAAAUCAUAAAAUGUAUGCACACAGAUCAUACGAUAAAGAUAUAUACGGUCUAGCUUUAAUUCUGAUUAUUAUUAUCACUACUCCUAUUGAUGUUGUUUUUAAAACUAUUAUUACUAACAAUCUCCUCUCUUUUAUAUGUUUCCAUUUAACAAAAUCCUUAUUGUUUUAUCAGUAUGUGUUAUUAUUCUUGUCAAGCGUGAAUCUCCGUUCACAAUUACACUUGUUGUAAACGACAUAGAGAAGAGUUGGUUUGGAAAAAAAUUAAAAUAAUUAAAUAAUGAACAAGUGAAAUGUAAAUAAGGCAAACUGCAAUGUUUUGCUUCGAUUUUUUUUAUCAAUGUUUAUUUCUUUUGUCAGCUUUUUGUUUCUGUUUAAAAAUAUAUAUACAACCAUUAUAUAUAU